CCUGCUCUUCCUUUCACUUUCCGAUGUGACAACUUCUGCAAGAUGAAAAUGCAUACAGAAGUUUGAAACUUAAAAACUGGACAGAAAAGCUACAAUUAAACCCUAUGGCUCUUUUACUGCAGGAAUUAGACGUGGAAAUUGCUAUCUGACAUUCUGAAAAACUUUUUCCAACCUGACAAAACCGAAGUCAUGUUUCGGAGGCAGAGCACAGCACGACACUGCUCAGCAGGAUCAGUCAGGUGAAUUCUUUCCUGCCGUCCCCUUGUGCUUUUGAAUCAAGUUUCCUAGAAGAAGAUGCGUUCCUCAUUGUGCCAAAUCUGCAGAGUCUGCACAUCGCUGCCUGGUUUUCUCACAUUCUUCAUUACUUUUCAUAUUUCCAAGGUGGAAUCAGCCCAGUUUACAGUUGUUGGACCUGAUCAGCCAGUCACUGCCAUUGUGGGGGAAGAGAUCGUAUUGCCAUGCCGCCUGUCCCCCAACAUGAGCGCUGAGAACAUGGAAGUGAGGUGGUUCCGGUCUGAGUUCACAUAUUAUGUUCAUCUGUACCGCGAUGGGACAGAUCAGUUUGAAGGACAGAUGCCAGAAUACAGGACAAGGACAGCGUUUUGGAAAGAUGGCCUCACACAUGGAAAUGUUUCCUUGAGGAUUCUCAAUAUCAGGCCUUCAGAUGAAGGGCAAUACACCUGCUUUGUCAUAGAUGGCAUUACUAAUGAAGAAGCUGUAAUAGGACUGAAGGUAGCAGCUGUAGGCUCUAAUCCUAUCAUCUCUGUGGAGGAUUACCAGCCUGGAGGGAUCCGCGUGACGUGUCGAUCAGCUGAGUGGUACCCAGAGCCCCAGGUGCUGUGGAGAAAUGCCCAGGGGCAUCAUAUACCAUCGCUUUCUGAAAUAAAAUCCCCAAAGGCAAAUGGCCUGUUUGAAACAGAAAUUUCUGUUGUCAUAAACAGACAUCCAAACCAGAACUUGUCCUGUUGGGUCAGGAACAGCCUCCUCGACCGAGAGAAGGAAUCAGCAAUUUAUAUAUCAGCUCUCUUUUUUCCAAGCGUGAAUCCCUGGAUGGUGGCCCUGAGCGUGAUCCUGGUGGUUGUGUUAAGUUUCAUGAUCCUGAAUGUAUAUCUCUUCAGAAUAAAAGGAAACCUUCAACGAGAACUUGGGUGGAAAAGAGCUGUGAUCUGUCCAGGGCUGGGACAAACUGCACCGCCUCUGGAAAAAGAGGACGUGACUCUGGAUCCAGACACGGCUCAUCCCGGGCUCGACCUGUCUGCGGAUGGGAAAAGUGUGAGAUGGACAUACAGACGGCAGGAUCUACGGCAGGAUCUGCCUGACAAUCUUGAGAGAUUUGACACUUGGCGCUGCGUGCUGGGCCGUGAGGGAUUCACCUCCGGGAGACACUGGUGGGAGGUGGAGGUGGAGGUGGGGGAGAGGGGAUGGUGGGCCGUGUGCUCUUGGGGUCAGUACGAAGCUCUCACUGCCCCAUGUCGCACCCGCCUGUCCCUGCGCCAGGUGCCCAGCAGGAUGGGGGUGUAUCUGGACUGCACAUUGGGGCGGGUGUCAUUUCUCGAUGCUGACACCAAGGCUCUGAUCUUCACUUUCUCGCCGGCCUUGUUCACGGGGGGCAGGAUCCGGCCCUGGUUCCUGGUGGAGGUUGGUGAAAUCAGGCUCAGACGGUGCCAGUGAGAGGGAAAGGAAACGUGCAAGACGGGACCUGCUCGUUGUCCCCUCCGGCCUCAGUCGUGCUCAUGUCCGUGACCCUGGAGGACUCCUCUUGCUGCAGACGAUCAGCUGUGCAGUGUCCGUGGCCCUGGACACGCAGGCUGGAUUUCUUCAUCCCCCGACCACGGCGAGCAGGACGUGGCUGAGCUGGACGGUCGUCUCUGCCCGGGUGUCGUUUCCUGCAUGACUGAGGGGCCCUCGGGGGCCUGUGGGGUCCGGCACCCACGGGUGCAGCUGGGGGGUCAGGGGAGGUGUGGUGAAGCGGAGGCACCAAAACCUGGGGCCAUUUGGGUUGGGAAAUGCAGUUGAACCCGGCCCUGGUGUUCAUUGCAGCGCUCC